GGCGCUGUGAGCUCAGACCCAUCGUUGCUCCUCAAACGGCUAGCUAGCUAACAACAACAACAACAGGAGACUCGGGGAAACUAAACCGCUGUAAUUUAACCCGGCGCAAAGGGGGGCAGUCGCUUCCAGCUGGUGUGUGCGGAUGCAGAUGGACGUCAGGGCCGAGCGUUGACACGUGGAAGUGACAGGCUCCUCCUCCUCCUCCUCCUCCUCCUCCUCCUCCUCCUCACCCUAUCGCCCCCCCCACACCCUCUGUCACGCUGGCAAUGUCAAGAGUCCCGAGUCCCCCCCCCCCUGCGGAAAUGUCCAGCGGGCCGGUGGCUGAGAGCUGGUGCUACACACAGAUCAAAGUGGUGAAGUUCUCUUACAUGUGGACCAUCAACAACUUCAGCUUCUGUCGAGAGGAGAUGGGCGAAGUCAUCAAGAGCUCCACCUUCUCCUCCGGGGCCAACGACAAACUCAAAUGGUGUUUGCGGGUGAAUCCCAAAGGCCUGGACGAGGAGAGUAAAGAUUACCUGUCGCUCUACCUGCUGCUGGUCAGCUGCCCCAAGGCCGAGGUCCGAGCCAAGUUCAAGUUCUCCAUCCUCAACGCGAAAGGAGAGGAGACCAAAGCCAUGGAAAGCCAGAGAGCGUAUCGCUUCGUCCAGGGGAAAGAUUGGGGCUUUAAAAAGUUCAUCCGAAGAGAUUUUCUCCUCGAUGAGGCCAACGGGCUCCUCCCUGACGACAAGCUCACGCUCUUCUGUGAGGUGAGUGUGGUGCAGGACUCUGUGAACAUCUCGGGUCAGAACACGAUGAACAUGGUGAAAGUGCCUGAUUGUCGUCUGGCUGAUGAACUGGGAGGUUUGUGGGAGAACUCGCGCUUCACAGAUUGUUCCCUGUGUGUAGCUGGACAGGAGUUCCAGGCGCACAAAGCCAUUCUGGCAGCUCGUUCCCCGGUUUUCAGCGCCAUGUUUGAGCACGAGAUGGAGGAGAGCAAAAAGAACCGAGUGGAGAUCAACGACGUGGAGCCGGAGGUUUUCAAAGAGAUGAUGUGCUUCAUUUACACGGACAAGGCGCCAAACCUGGACAAGAUGGCCGACGACCUGCUGGCGGCAGCUGACAAGUACGCCCUGGAGCGGCUGAAGGUGAUGUGUGAAGACGCUCUGUGUACGAGUCUUUCUGUGGAAAACGCUGCUGAGAUCCUGAUCCUCGCCGACCUUCACAGCGCCGACCAGCUCAAGACUCAGGCCGUCGACUUCAUCAACUAUCACGCCGCGGAGGUGAUGGAGACGGCCGGCUGGAAGUCCAUGGUGGCGUCCCACCCCCACCUGGUGGCGGAGGCGUAUCGCUCGCUGGCCUCGGCCCAGUGCCCGUUCCUGGGACCCCCCCGCAAACGCCUCAAACAGUCCUAACAGCCUCCACCUUUACCCCCCUCCCUCCAUCCCUCCAUCCCUCCUCGCUGUUACCUACUACUACACUACCUACCUACACCCCCCCCUCCCCACCACCACCAGAACCUGCUGUAUUUAGUCUCUUCUGCAGAUGGAGGGAAGGAGGAGGUAAAAAGAGGAGAGAGGGACUCGUGACGUGGAUUUGUGACGUUUGUUGUUUACAUAAAAAAAAAAGAAAAGAAAAAGAAAAACCCACAACCCUCUGUCCCCCGUCUCCUCGGAUCCGGCUUCGUGGUCUCGGACUCCGUUAGGAUGGAAGAACCGGAUCAACCUUCAAAGGGGGGGGGGUUAAAUCCUGGAAGGAACUUUUCUAAAGUUUCCAUCUUUAUCACACGGCUUCUUUAUUUUUGCUCCGUUCGUCGUGUUUGGAGUCGAGUGACAUGAGAAGCCCCCCCCCCCCACCCCCCCACCCACCCAGGCCUACGAGGGACUAAAAUACUAGAACCCCCCCCCCCCCCAAGAAAGACAACCAAGGGCUAGUUACACACACACACAACAAUAAUAAUAAUAAUAAUAAUAAUGGGAUCAUCUGAAUAAUUCUCUGGGGAAACGUUGCACUAAAGCCACAUGUCGCCCUCCUCCUCAUCCUCAGCCCCCCCCCACCCUUACCUACAACCCCCCCAUCCCCAAACCAGCAGUAAAGUAGAGAUACUGUAGGCAAGCACACGUGGACCACCAACAACCAGAACCCUUUAAGAAGAUUCAUCAGACUCGAGCAUCUUCAAGCUUCAUCCACGUCCGUUUUUUCUUUUUUCUCUGAAUAAAUAAAUAUCUGACUGGAAACUAACACGUUAAACACACAGUGUGAAGAGGACGCGGAACAAUAACAGAAAACGCACAGCUGGAUGUUAUUGUUGGGGGAGGGAGGGAUGGAGGGAGGGGGGGGUUGAUAUUUUGUGUUUGGAUCUGUCUUCGUCGCCCUGGAGAGAAACCUGAGCCCAACGGCGUCAAGAGAAACGGUUACACAUUAAGAUUCAGUCAGACACGUUGUUUUAUGACGGCUUUUCCUUUUUAUUAUUGUUAUUAUUUUUAUUUUAUUUUCUCUCUUCAUCAGAAUUAUCAUUUCUAUUUUUUUCAUAGGAAUUUAUUCAGACACAUUGAGCAAAAAAAAAAAAAAAAGAAGAAGAAGAAGAAGAAAGAGAAGUUGUUGUUUUUUUUUCUUUGCAGGCGUCAAGACUGAAGGGAAAUGUUUAAUCUGAAAUGAACACGUUUUAAUGUUCAGAAUAGAUAAAAUGUGAAAAAAAUAAAAUGAGAGAGAAGAGAGGCAGAGAAAAGCCGUUUUAACCCAGUGGAAGGUGGUGACUGAUCGAAGGAACCGUCGUCGUUUCUUUCCUGUAGAUAUCGUCGAUUCUGAGAAGUGACACUUAGUUGUUGCCAUUUUUUUGUUCCCGAAAGAAUAAACCACGACUAUUUUGUAUUGAAUGCAA